AUGGCAACGGGAGCAAACGCAACCCCGCUGGGGAAGCUGCACCCGAGCAUUGGCGCUAAACGGGGCUUCGAUGCGGGUCCCGGCCCUGGGCUAACGGCUCCGCCGGGGCCUCCGGUCUCAUUCCCGCUUCCGACCUUCCAGCAGCCGCCGAUGCCGAACGUGUCUUUCCCUCAGUUUUCUGCAAUGCCCGGGUCUUCAUUUGCAAAUCCAGCUGUAGCCGGGUUGCCGUCUCAAGGCGGAGAUGGUGGUAAUAAGAAGAGGAAAAAGAGCCGCUGGAGCAGUGAGACUCCUGAUCAGAAGACGAUUAUCCCCGGCAUGCCCACAGUCAUCCCCCCGGGGCUCACCCGUGAACAGGAGAGAGCUUAUAUAGUCCAACUGCAGAUCGAAGACCUGACUCGUAAACUGCGUACAGGAGACCUGGGAAUCCCUGUUAAUCCUGAGGACAGGUCUCCUUCUCCUGAGCCAAUUUAUAACAGUGAGGGGAAGAGGCUGAACACACGUGAGUACCGUACCCGCAAAAAACUGGAGGAGGAGAGACAUUCACUGAUCACAGAGAUGGUUGGGCUGAACCCAGAGUUUAAGCCACCUGCUGACUAUAAGCCUCCAGCCACCAGAGUCAGUGAUAAAGUGAUGAUCCCACAGGAAGAGUAUCCGGAAAUAAACUUUGUUGGACUGUUGAUUGGGCCACGUGGCAACACACUGAAAAACAUUGAGAAAGAAUGUUGUGCUAAGAUCAUGAUACGUGGAAAGGGCUCAGUGAAGGAAGGUAAAGUGGGCCGUAAGGACGGACAGAUGCUGCCUGGGGAAGAUGAACCUCUGCAUGCUCUGGUCACGGCCAACACCAUGGAGAACGUCAAGAAGGCCGUAGAGCAAAUCCGUAAUAUUCUGAAGCAGGGCAUUGAGACACCAGAAGAUCAGAAUGACCUGAGGAAGAUGCAGUUGAGAGAGCUGGCCCGACUCAAUGGCACUCUCAGAGAGGAUGACAACAGGAUUUUGCGCCCAUGGCAAAGUUCUGAGCCUCGCAGCAUCACUAACACCACGCUUUGUACCAAAUGUGGAGGAGCUGGACACAUUGCGUCUGACUGCAAGUUCACAAGCUCCUAUCCCCCAAGGCAAGGUGAGCCACCCCAGUCAGCUCAAGAUAAGGCCCGUAUGGAUAAAGAGUAUCUCUCCUUAAUGGCUGAGCUCGGAGAAGCUCCCGUUCCUGCCUCCAGUGGUGGGCACAACACCACACCUCCCAGCGGCCCCAGAGGAAAUGGACCCAGCAACAACCAGCCACCACCAACUCGUCCUCCUUGGAUGAAUUCUGGCCCCUCUGAUAACAGGAACUUUCAUAAUAUGCAUGGUGGUCCUGGUGGUCAUGGAGGCCCCCACAACUUCCCUCCUCCCAUGCCCAACAUGGGUGGGCCACCAAUGCCGCCCAACCCCAACGGCAUGCCCCCUCCCUGGAUGCAGCCUCCACCUCCUCCCAUGGGCCAAGGCCCAGCCCCACCUGGACAUCCAAUGGGUUUGCUGCCCCCCCCUAUGGGUAUGAUGCCACCUCCUCCACCUCCUCCAAACAGUCAGCCACCUCCGCCCCCAUCAGGCCCUCUGCCACCAUGGCAACAGCAAGCCCCACCUCCUCCACCAACCAGCAGCAUGGCCACCAGUGCCCCACUGCCAUGGCAACAGAAUACCACUACCACCUCUACUCCAGCUACGGGUAACCUGCCUCCCUGGCAACAGCCCCAGCCAUCAGCAGCAUCUGCUGCACAGCCCCCACCUCCUAUGGGCAACCCCUCCAUGGUGCCCCCUCCACCUGGAGUUCAGCCACCACUGCCCCCUGGUGCCCCUCCUCCCCCCCCUCCCCCACCUCCUGGCUCAGCAGGCAUGAUGUAUGCCCCUCCUCCUCCGCCUCCACCUAUGGACCCUAACUUUGUUACCAUGAUGGGGAUCCCAGGGAUGCCCCCAUUUGGGAUGCCCCCAGCCCCUCCACCCCCACCACCCCAAAAUUAAACACCCCACAUCAUAGUGGUGGCUGAGAUCAACCACAGAAGAUUGAAUACAUUUGGACUAAAGGACUAGGUUCUAUCACUGCUUGAUGUAUUGUUAAUGCAACUGGCCUUUGACCAGCUUUUGUGUUUUCUCCCAUGCUUGGAAGAAAAAGGAAAAGAGGGGAGGUGGGGCGGGGGAGGUUGGUGUGGUUGAAAUAUGUAAAUUUGCUUAACUUAAUUUGUUUCUGAUUUUAAAAUUGUAGUGUUUGAUCAACUGGUAGAUUCUUUGUGUUUGUACUUUGAUGUGCAGGGAAUGGUAUGUGUGUGUUUGCAGGGCCUUUGUUUCAUGAUUGGUCCAAACGUCAGUGCAAAUUGACAUUCCAAACCACAGUAAUUGAACUGAUAUCAUAUUAAGCAGCAGUUUGUCAUUAUAAAGCAAAGUGUUUUCCUCUGUGAAGAUUUGACAGACUAAUUGUAUCCAGCAUUUUGUUUUGUUCUUUAAUAUCCAAAACCUGAAAAGCUUUUGUUUGAAAAUGUUGCCUUCCUUGAGUAUUUUUGUAAUGCUACAUUCAGCUAAAUAAAAGUUGAAAUGGCUUCACAUAUAGAUAGUUGUAGAUGUACAGACAUGCCGUGUCUUUGUUGUGUUGCGCUUUGGCAAUUUUAGACCUGGUGGAUUUCAGACCUGGUCAGAUUUCUAAUCUGACUUCAAGGAACAUUUAUUGGCCAGAAUGCGCUCCCCCCUCCCCCAGUAUACAAAAACAAAAAAAUAAAGAUGAACGACUUGAA